AUGGAAAUCUUUGAACUCGCAAAGGAAAGAUUGGGAUUUAAUUUCAGCAGGAGGUGCACGAUAAUCUUGGUUUUGUCUUUCAUUGCUUUGCCUGUGCUGGUCAGGGUCUUUGUCUCGUAUCAAGACUCAGCUUUUGAUCUAAUUGCGGGGUUAGGUAAAGCUAAGGUUUCUCCAGAUGUUGCAGCAUUAGGUUCUGGUAAGACGGUUGCUUAA